CUCUACACAUGCAUCCCAAUUCAACCAAGAAGAAGCUAAUUAAGUUUUCAUCAAUGGCUUCCUCCAACUUAUUCUUCCAAUUUCUCAUCUUACUCUUUCUAUCCUUCUCCUUUUCUUCAUUAUUCUUCUUCUCACCCGCCGCGGCCACCGCCUCCAAUGACAUCGACUGGUGGUGCAACCAAACCCCACACCCGGAGCCCUGCAAACGCUUCCUCAGCCACGGCGGCCGCCACCCCUUGGCUCCCAAGCAGAAGUCAGAGUUCCGAAAGAUGGCCAUUCAGGCCGCCAUGGACCGAGCCCUCAACGCCGAGGCUUUCACCAAGGAGCUCGGCGCCAAGUGCCGCAAUGGCCGCGAGCGGGCGGCGUGGGCCGACUGCCUGAAGCUCUACGAAGACACCAUUCUCCGGCUCAACCACACCAUCGACUCCAAGUGCUCGGAAUUCGACGCCCAGACCUGGCUCAGCACCGCCUUGACCAACCUGGAAACUUGCCGCGCCGGGUUCGCGGAGCUGGGCGUCUCGGAUUUCAUGUGGCCUCUGAUUUCCAGGAACAACGUGUCGGAGCUGAUCAGCAACAGCUUGGCCAUUAACAAGAACAAUGCCAGUACUGCCGGCGAGAACCAAACCUAUCACAAAGACGGGUUUCCGACCUGGGUUUCGCCCGGCGACCGGAAGCUUUUGCAGUCGUCGUCUCCGGCGGCUAAUCUUGUUGUUGCCCAGGACGGGUCGGGGAACUACCGGACCAUUAAGGCGGCGCUGGACGCGGCGGCGAAGAGGAGCGGCAGCGGCAGGUUCGUUAUUCAUGUGAAGAGAGGCGUUUACAAGGAGAACCUUGAGAUUGGCAACCAGAUGAAGAACAUAAUGCUGGUUGGCGAAGGCCUGAGAUACACCAUCAUCACCGGCAGCCGGAGCGUGGGCGGCGGCUACACCACCUACGACUCCUCCACCGUUGCGGUGACCGGCGAAGGCUUCAUCGCCCGGGGAAUAACGUUCCGCAACACCGCUGGCCCACAAAACCACCAAGCGGUGGCGCUUCGAUCGGGCUCUGACCUCUCCGUUUUCUACCGCUGUGGCUUCGAGGGCUACCAGGACACCCUCUAUGUCCACUCCCAGCGCCAGUUCUACAAAGAAUGCUACAUCUACGGCACCGUUGACUUCAUCUUCGGCAACGCCGCCGUCGUCCUCCAGAACUCCAUGAUUUACGCUAGAAAACCAAUGGAUAAACAGAAGAAUGUCAUCACUGCUCAAGGCCGAACCGACCCGAACCAGAACACCGGCAUUUCCAUCCACAAUUCCCGGGUCAUGGCUGCUUCUGAUCUAGCUCCAGUUCUCAGCUCCUUCAAAACCUUCCUGGGCAGGCCGUGGAAGCAGUACUCAAGAACCGUUUAUCUGCAGACUUAUCUUGACAGCUUGAUUGAUCCGGCGGGGUGGCUAGAAUGGGACGGCAAUUUUGCUCUCAACACAUUGUAUUACGGGGAGUACAAGAACUCCGGGCCUGGUUCUUCCACCCAAAAACGGGUGAAGUGGCGUGGAUACAGAGUCAUCACCACUUCAACUGAAGCGUCAAAGUUCACCGUCGCGAAUUUCAUCGCCGGCCGAUCGUGGCUUCCGGCAACGGGCGUGCCAUUCACGGCCGGGCUCUAAUGGGGCUAGCUGGGUUGAUUGGGUGUGUUGUAUUGGAUCAGUUCCCUUCCCUCUCUGUUGAUUAUUCUUCCUUCGUUUUUUUAUUAUUUACCAAAUUAAUUAACUGUAUGCUACAUAUGCUUCCUGCUGUC